UUCUGCUAUGCAUAAUUCAUUAUAAUAUCAUAAUUAUAUUUUUAUAUUCUGAGAUAUUAUGAUUUAUUUGUAUAUUUUUUUACACACAAAAUGCAUCGUCGUCAACGUUAUCACAACAUCGCUUAUCAGUGGAGACCUUCAAACGUCGAUGAUAAAAUAUAAUGAAAAAUAUUUGUUCUACACCAAAACGAAUUACGAAAUCAGUCAAACCACAGACGACGACUAACGAGGCGUGUGCGCUUCGCUGGUAAACAAAAUAUUAAAUAAUAUGUUCGACUUGUCUUUGGGUGAACCAUCAUUUGCAUCUGGUUUGUGUUUCCGUCGGCAUAUUUAUCAGUUGAUGACGGCUCCACCGCCGCCGUCGCUCACGUCGCCGAAGUCGUUGAAUCGCGACACGCAUGUUUCUGAUCAACUGCUGUCCCUUGAUGUCAUGUAUGACUGAUGUCACCAAAUCGACGUACCUGUCAUCCAGUAAAAAUAAUGGUAUUGUCAAGUCAUCCCAGUAUUUCACUAAAGUAAAGUAUCAAAAUGGAGCUAUUUGUAAUGGUCACCUAAAACCAUGGAAAAAGAACCUUUAUUCCAAUGAAGGUUAUCCAGAUAAUUAUACUGAUAAGUCUUUCCUAGAAGAAUUGAGAAAAAACCUUCAUGUACGAAAACUUACACUUUUAGAAGCAAUCCUUGGAGCUGGUUUAAUUACCCAAAGAUUAUGUAUUGUGGUAAUUUUUGCAUUAUCUUUUUAUGCUCUGAAUUGCAAUUUAAUUUCCCCACUAUUAUUGCUAAUUUCUACUACAAGUUUUAGUUUUAUUAUUUACCUCUUGCUUUAUGAAAAUUCCAAGGCAAUUCCAUUAUGGCUGAUGAAGUCAGCAUGUGCAUUUAUCAUAUCUGGUUACAUUUUAUCACCCGUGCUGAAAACAUUGACUGAAACUAUAAGCACCGACACCAUAUAUGCCACAGCUACGGUAAUGAUGUGUGUUCAUCUUGUUUUUUUUGACUAUGGAGUUUCUGCAGUUAUAGUAUCAACAUCACUGUCAUUGAAUGCUGCCUUAUUUGGUUCCAUUUGUUUGUGCUCAAGACUACAAACAGCUUUUCAUGUAUUUGUAUUUAUCACAAUAGCAGUACAGUGUUUUGCUGUAUCACCGAUACUUUUAUCGCCGAUCAAAUCUUCCAUUACCAUCUUAUUGUCAUUUGUAACUGUUACCUUUGUAUUAUGUAUGAGGGUGUCAUCAUUAAUGAGUGGACUAUUUGUACUAACUGUCUUGUUUAUUAAUUUGAUGUGCCCCUACUAUUUUGUUAAAUGGCAUUCAUUCAAAGACAACAUUUAUGGACCAUGGGAUGAAGCUAUUGUGCAAGAUAUUAAAAUAAAAGAUUUUCACGUAGACUGAAAAGUGAUGAGGGUUCUCUAAUUAAAUACUGUUUAAGAAUGUGUGAUAUCGACAACCAGUUACUGUUAUCUUGGUUUUCCACAAAGUUACCAUUCUUCUAUUAUGUAUUAAGUUUAAGUAAUUUAUUAUUGAUUGAAACCAAAUUGUGUUGGUUAAUUCCUUGAUGGCACUCUAGUAGUGGUUGUAUUUCAUUAUAAAUUAUGUUAUAAUUAAAAUCAUUGUGUACCAAAAUUCAUUUUUAAGUUUGUUAUUUUAUUUUAUUAGUUAAAUGUGUUGAACAUUUUAAUUUUAGUUAUUAUAUAUAAAUGAGAUAUCAUCUAUGUGUUACGCUUACUGAAUUUUAAUAUUUUUCCACUGUAUUGUUAAGAUUUAUCCCACCAGUAUAUAAUUCUAGUAUUAUUAAUUAUUAUGCUGUUCGUUCUUUUUUGAUCUUUUAUCAUCAGAUUUGUUUUAUAGUUAUGCCAACUCUAAAGUAUAGUGUCACCAGCGGCAUGCCUAGACAUUUUUUUGUGGAGAGGUGGGGAGAGGUUUAAUGAUUUUACUAGCGUGUAUUUCAAAUUUAUUUAUUCGACUAGGUAAUACUUUUUUCUAAAUUUUUUAAAAUGUCAAAAAGAGGAGAGGGGAGUUGAACACCCAAAUCCCUCCAAAGCACUUCAAUGAGUUUCAUGUUAAUAAGUAAUGAAUAAUGAUUAAAUUGCUUAUCUUGUCAAAUACUCAUAUUCAUCAAGUAUGAUAAUUGUGUUGUAAUUUUUUAAUGAAGAAUGAAUUUGUAAGAAUUACUAUUAGACAUUUAAAAAACGUUGAAUUUUACAUUAAAUUAAUUUUGUGUAGUUAAAUUUCUACUUAAUUCAGAAUUAUAAAUAUUAAAUUACAGUAGGUACUUAGUACUUUAACUUAGUACUUUCUUCACUGGGGCAAUGUGACAUAGAUAUGUGGGGUCUUACUUUAAAUCUUAGAUAAAUCAUGUUUUUUAUACGUUUACUAAUACAAGUGUAUAUACAUUUCUCAAAUGUUGACACAAAAAAUAUUAAAAUAUAUCAAUAAGUAUUUAUUA